AUGAUAGAACUUGUCAACACAUUUAGCAGAAAAGCAUUGCAUGAUAUCCUCAUUGAAUUUAAAGGAAAAAAACUGGAUGACAAGUUUUCGUUAAUGGAAGAAAAGCUUGUGAAAAUUACUAAAUGCCCAGAUAAUAAGAAAAGUGUUAUAAGUCGCGAAAGCUACGAAGAUACAGAGGAAGAAAAAACUGACGAAGAGAAAGAAGAAGCUGGCGAAGAGGAAGAUGAAGAUGACGAAGAGGAAAUGAACAGUUCGUCUGAUUAA